GUGACACACCCGGAAGUGAUGUAGAGUCAUCAGACUCUCGGAAAACAACAGAACCAGGACCAGGCGGACCCUGGUUCCGGACCUUAUCCGGAGUUUACCCGGUUAAGGGUCAGUGAAGCGGACAGACAUGUGGAUCGAACCGGAGGAGGUUCUGCUGGCCGGAGCUCUGUGGGUGUCGGAGCGGGCCAACCCGUUCUUCAUCCUGCAGAGGAGGAGGGGGCACGGCCGUGGAGGGGGGCUGUCCGGUCUUCUUGUUGGGACUCUGGAUGUGGUUCUGGACUCCAGCGCCAGGGUGGCUCCCUACAGAAUCCUGCUGCAGACUGCGGACUCUCAGAUCUACUGGAACAUCGCCUGUGGCUCGUCGAGGAAGGAGAUCACAGAGCACUGGGAUUGGCUGGAAUCCAACCUGCUGCAGACAAUCUCCAUCUUUGACAACGAUGAAGAUGUCAUCACCUUUGUCAAAGGAAAAAUAUCUGGCAUCAUCGCCGAGGAAAACCGGCUGAAGCAGAGCGAGGAGCAGGAGGAGGACAGUGGGAAGUUUCGAGAGGCGGAGUUGAAGAUGAGGAAGCUCUUUGGGAUGCCUGAUGAGGAGAAGCUGGUGAACUAUUACUCCUGCAGCUACUGGAAGGGUCGAGUACCUCGACAGGGCUGGCUCUACCUGUCCAUCAACCACUUGUGCUUCUACUCCUUCUUGCUGGGAAAGGAAGUGACUCUGGUCGUGCCGUGGACCGAGGUGACCCAGCUGGAGAAGAAUGCCACCCUGGUGUUUCCAGAAAGUGUCCGUGUGAGCACCCGCAACGCCGAGCAUUUCUUCUCCAUGUUCCUGAACAUCAAUGAUACCUUCAAGCUGAUGGAACAGCUCGCCAACAUCGCUAUGCGGCAGCUGCUUGACAACGAGGCGUUCGCUGCCGACCGCUCGCUUCCUAAAGCCUGCAAGACACUGAAGAACGUCUCUGCUCUGAAGAGGGACUUUGACGCCCGAGCUAAAAACGAGUGGUACCGAUCCAUGUUCCGGCUGACGCAGGACGAGCGGCUGGAUGGACACACGGACUGCACGCUGUGGACACCGUUCGCCAAGAUGCACGUGGUUGGACAGCUGUUCAUCUCCAACAACUACAUCUGCUUCAGCAGCAGAGAAGAAGACCUGUGUCAGCUCAUUAUCCCACUCAGAGAAGUGACCGUCGUGGAGAAGGCAGACAGCAGCAGCGUCUUGCCAUGUCCCGUCUCCAUCAGCACCAAGAACAAGAUGAACUUCUUGUUCGCCAACCUCAAAGACAGGGACUUCCUGGUUCAGCGAAUCUCUGACUUCCUGCAGCGAACACCUGACAGCUUGUGGGGCGACACCAACCCUCUGUCUCUGAUUGGUUCCUCGGGGUCCCACAACGUCCCUCUGUCCUCAUCUACAGGAUCUGAUUCCGUCCAGAAGGGGCGCCAUUACCACCCGGGUCUGCCUACUGCCAGACAGAGUCUGCUGCAGCUGUACCACAGAGAUGGUCCAGAGGACCUUGGUCCAAAAGCUAUGAAGGAGAGAAUGAAGGAGGAGGCGUGGAACAUCCAUUUUUCAGAGUUCGGUCGAGGUGUCUGCAUGUAUAGAACCUCCAGAACCAGAGAACUGAUCCUCAAUGGGAUCCCAGAAUCCCUGAGGGGGGAGCUGUGGCUGCUGUUCUCUGGAGCUCAGAAUGAGAUGGCGUCCCAUCCUGGUUACUACGGCGACCUGGUGGAGCAGACCAUGGGGCUGUGCUCAUUGGCUACGGAAGAGAUCGAACGUGACCUUCAUCGCUCGAUGCCUGAACACAGAGCCUUCCAGAACGAGAUGGGUAUUGCUGCGCUGCGCCGGGUACUCACAGCCUACGCUCACCGGAACCCAAACAUUGGAUACUGCCAGGCCAUGAACAUCGUCACCUCCGUCCUGCUGCUCUACUGCACCGAGGAGGAGGCCUUCUGGCUGCUGGUGGCGCUGUGUGAGCGCAUGCUGCCUGACUAUUAUAACACCCGGGUCGUAGGAGCUCUGGUGGACCAGGGGGUGUUUGAGGAUCUGACCCGGGCCUUCUUGCCCCAACUCUAUGAACACAUGCAGGAACUAGGAGUGAUCACCACCAUCAGCCUGUCCUGGUUCCUCACCUUGUUCCUGUCCGUGAUGCCGUUUGACAGCGCUGUCCUGUUGGUCGACUGCUUCUUCUAUGAAGGGAUCAAAGUAAUUUUCCAGGUGGCGCUGGCUGUCCUGCAUGACAACAUGGAUGCUCUGCUGUCCUGCAGCGAUGAGGGGGAGGCUAUGACGAUCCUGGGCAGGUACCUGGAUAAUGUUGUGAACAGACAGACAGUGGCUCCGCCCAUCCCUCACCUGCACGCCCUGCUGACGAGCGGAGACGACGCUCCCCCUGAGAUCGAUGUCUUCGACCUCAUCAAGGCAUCCUAUGAGAAGUUUGGCAGCCUGCGCGCUGAUGUCAUUGAGCAGAUGAGAUUUAAGCAGAGGUUGAAGGUCAUCCAGUCUUUGGAGGACACAGCGAAGAGGAGUGUGGUUAGGGCGAUGAUGACGGAGUCGGCGUUCAGCAUUGAGGAGUUGGAGGAGCUUUACUGUCUCUUUAAGUCCAAACACAUGACCAGCUGUUACUGGGGCUCCAGCAGCUCAGCGGCAGAGCGCCACGAUCCCAGCCUGCCAUACUUGGAACAGUACCGGAUCGACCCGGUUCAGUUCUCACAGCUCUUCUCGGCCCUCUCUCCCUGGGUCUGUGGAAGCCACACCCCCAUGCUGUCAGCCCGCCUCUUCCGGCUGCUGGACCAGAACCAGGAUGGGCUGGUGAACUUCAAAGAGUUCAGCUCUGGCCUCGGUGGGAUGUAUCACGGAGACAUGAUGGAGAAAAUGAAACUGCUCUACAAGCUGCAUCUCCCACCAGCUCUGUGUGCUGAGGAGGCGGAGAAUGCUUUGGAGGCAACACACUUCUUUACUGAUGACGAACAACAAGAAUCUUCCUUCCUGUCUGAUCUGGACUCUAUGCAGCAGCAGGAUAUGACAUCAGGUGAGGAACUGAAGGAUGGAGGAGAAGACGGUGAGGAGAAGAAAGAGGCGAAGGACUACAGGUACUACCUGAGGAUGUGGGCUAAAGAGAAGGAGCCCAGGAGAGAAACCAUCAAAGACCUGCCCAGGAUGAACCAGGAACAAUUCAUCGAGCUAUGUAAGACCCUGUACAACAUGUUCAGCGAGGAACCAUCUGAGCAGGAGCUCUACCAUGCCAUUGCCACCGUCGCCAGCCUGCUGCUGCGCAUAGGAGAGGUCGGCAAGAGGUUUGGCAACGGCGCCAAGAAGUCUGAGACUCAGGCCCAGCCUCCUGCUCAUCAGGGGGAGGAAGGGCCCGGCGAAGGAACGUCAACUGAGGCUCAGGUGUGCCGGGCUCUGGCCGAUGCCCAGCUGGAACCGCCGACGCAGCAGACGUCCGACGAGGAAACGAAAGACGACACGUCUGUCUCCUCGUACUCUGUGGUGAGCUCCGGCUCUCUGCAGUGCGAGGACAUUGCUGAUGACACCGUGCUGGUCAGUGGCGAGCAGAGGCGGGGCAGCGCGCUGGAUGCAGAUUGGUCAAUCACCUUCGAGCAAGUGCUGGCUUCACUGUUGACAGAGCCAGCGCUUGUUGAAUAUUUCGAGAAGAAGAUGGACAUCCAGGCCAAAAUAGCUGCCUGUAAGGCUCAGCGGGCUGUGGAGCGCCGGUUAAGCUCCGCGUUUGACCACGAACUCCUCCAGCAUUCCUCCUGACUCACCUGGUCACCUGACUGACCUGAUCAUCUAAUCGCUUGCCUACCUUUCUGACCACCUCACUGAUCACCUCACCACUCAAUCACCUGACCUCCUGAUUGGUCUCCUGACCUGUGUUCAUUGUGUCCAUUUGAUUCCUACCAAGAAUCAGCUGAUUGGAACAUCGCUUAUGAUGUCACCAUGAUGGUGGCUCUGAUUGAUCAGUGAUUUUUACCAUGAAGUCACUGACACCUAUGAUGUCAUCUUGUGAAAUUCUGCAGGUGUUUCAUAGUAAAAGCUUUUCUGGCUGUGGAUUGUGAGGCUUUUAUUGUGAGAGAGAAGCUGGGAGUGUUGGUCAUUGAUCUCUGAUUGGUUCCUCAAACUACUGCAGAACCAAAGCAAACAGGUGAACAGGUGUGUUCCACCAUGUUUGUCUCAUGACCUUGUAGUGAAGAUUUCAGAGUGGUGACAUCACAGGAAGUUGAUUUACGUCCUUCUCUUCAUGGGUUUUAAGAAAAUAAUGGCUGAAAGAAAGCAAACAGUUCAGUGUUUAUUGUUUCCUGUGUACUUCCUGUCCACAGUGACGUCACAGUAUUUUUAUCUGCCUGCUUUUAAAUCUGUUGUAUUGAUCAGUUACUCAUCUGUUCUAAUAAACCAAGAGGAAACCUC